CGGAGCGAUCCGAGGCAAGCAGGCGAAGAAACAAGAUGGCGGCCGGCGGCGAUCCCGAGCGGGACGCCGGCCCUUCGCAUUGAAGCCCCUCGGCCCGAGCGGCUCGCCGGAGGCCCUCCUUCCCCGGCGAGGGAGGGGGGGGCGGGGGAGAAAGAGCGCAACCGCCCGCUCGGAAAAGCCACCCGAAGGCCCUCGCGCGCGCACACACCACCUCCCCCCUCAGCGCUCUCGGCCAGCGCCCAGCGAUGCGGGGCCGGCGAGGCAGGCCGCCCAAGCACCAGCAGCCUGCGGCGGCCCCGGCUCGGGCGAGCACCCCGGCUCCAGCAGCCCCGCCGCCGGGCCCUAUCGGGGGACUCCGCUCCCGCCUGAGGGGCAGCAGCCGGGGCAGGUGGGCGGCCUCGGCCCAGGCUGCCGGGGCUGCAGGGCCCAAGCCGAGGGGGGCCGCUGCCCAGGCCUCCCCCUCAGUCAGGGGAGGCGGCAGGAGGAAGGGCGGCAGCGGCAGCAGCAGCACCCCUGGCGGGGGAGGCAAUAGCGGCCGGGGCAGGGGCAGGUCUGCUGCUGCUGCUGGAGCGGCGGGAGGAGGAGGAGGAGGCGGCAGCCAAAGCAGGGCGCCCGCCGCCGCCGCCUCAAGUGGUGGUGCUUCUUCCUCCGCUCCCAAGAGGAGCGGCCGCAGCAGCAGCCAAGUGGUUUACGACGACCAUGAGAGCGACGAGGACGAGAGCGCCGUGUCCGACGACGAGGAAGGCGAGUCCGGGGAGAAGCCCGACUCCGGGGAAGACGAGGCCGUGGCGGAAGAAGAGGAGGAGGAGAACGACGACGACGACUCGGAUUACCCCGAAGAGAUGGAGGAGGACGAGGACGACGACGCCAGCUACUGCACGGAGAGCAGCUUCAAGAGCCACAGCACCUACAGCAGCACCCCGGGUAGGAGGAGACAAAGAGUACAUCGUCCACGUUCUCCAAUACUGGAAGAAAAAGAUGUCCCUUCUCUUGACUUGCCUAAAUCCUCAGAGGACUUAAUGGUGCCUAAUGAGCAUAUAAUGAAUGUUAUUGCCAUCUAUGAGGUACUGCGGAACUUUGGCACUGUCUUGCGACUGUCCCCUUUUCGUUUUGAGGACUUUUGUGCUGCUCUGGUAAGCCAGGAGCAGUGUACACUUAUGGCAGAGAUGCAUAUAGUGCUUUUAAAAGCUGUUUUACGUGAAGAAGACACUUCAAAUACUACCUUUGGACCUGCUGACCUCAAAGAUAGCGUUAAUUCCACAUUGUAUUUCAUAGACGGGAUGACGUGGCCCGAGGUUCUGCGGGUUUAUUGUGAGAGUGACAAGGAAUAUCAUCAUGUUCUUCCUUUCCAAGAGGCAGAUGACUACCCCUAUGGACCCGUUGAGAAUAAAAUUGAAGUCCUGCAGUUUUUAGUGGAUCAGUUUCUUACAACAAACAUUGCACGCGAGGAAUUAAUGUCGGAAGGUGUGAUACAAUACGAUGACCAUUGUAGAGUUUGUCACAAACUGGGGGAUUUGCUUUGCUGUGAAACUUGCUCAGCUGUGUACCACUUGGAGUGUGUGAAACCACCUCUUGAAGAGGUACCUGAGGAUGAAUGGCAGUGUGAAGUUUGUGUAGCACAUAAGGUGCCUGGUGUAACGGACUGUAUUGCUGAAAUCCAAAAAAAUAAACCAUACAUUCGACAUGAACCUAUUGGAUACGACAGAAACAGGCGGAAAUACUGGUUCCUGAACAGGAGGCUUGUUAUAGAGGAAGAUUCAGAGUGUGAGAAAGAUAAGAAAAUCUGGUACUAUAGCACAAAAGUCCAGCUGGCAGAAUUAAUUGAAUGCCUUGACAAAGAUUACUGGGAAGCUGAUAUCUGCAAAACUCUGGAAGAAAUGCGUGAAGAAAUACAUCGGCAUAUGGAUAUAACAGAGGACCUUACCAAUAAAGCACGGGGUAGCAACAAAUCUUUUCUUGCUGCAGCAAAUGAAGAGAUUCUGGAAGCAAUCAGAGCCAGAAAGGGGGAAAUACCAGAAGAUAAAAGCUCAAUAGCUGAUGAAACGGAAAAGGAAAAGGCUAGUGUUGAGAAUAAAGACAGUACAGAUACUGAUAAUGGCAAAGAGGAACUUUCGAACCAACUGCUGGAUGUAAACAAAGAAACGCCACCAGAUGAAAGUUCUGAAAAAGGAAGAAAGGAAGAGCAAACAGAUGCUAUAGAUAAAAGCAACUCCGUGACAUCAGCUGUUGGAGGCAACAGCAUAGAUCCUCCUGCUGGAGAGUCUACUGCUUCUGAAGGAAAAAGUGCAGUCGGAAAUGAGUCCGAAAUCCUGGAUGAUAAUGAGGCGAACAAGAAGCUGGUGACAUCAGAGGCCCUCAAGAAUGUUUCAGAUGAAACUGCUAAGAUGGUUCCCAGCCUGAACGUUGGUCCUUCCACUGAAGCACUUUUGUCUGAUCCAGAAAACAGCUGUAGCAAUGUACUAAAUUCCAUGCAGGAUGAAUCAAUGAAGGCUUCUGAUGAAAUGGAAAAUAUUGAAGGAGGAUCCCAGAGCUCAGAGGAGCUAGUGGGUGGUUUGUUUUGGUUUUUGACAGGGGAUAGAUCUAACAGUGAACGAAGUGAAUCUCCAAACACUGGAAGAGGCACGCCGGGUUCAACACGGAUGGUCACCAGGUUACGAAAUCCGGAUAGCAAACUCAGCCAGCUGAAAAGUCAGCAAGUUGCUGCUGCUGCACAUGAAGCAAAUAAGCUAUUUAAAGAAGGCAAAGAGGUCCUUGUGGUUAAUUCCCAAGGAGAAAUCUCCCGACUGAACACGAAGAAAGAAAUAGUGAUGAAAGGAAACAUCAGCAAUUAUUUCAAACUAGGCCAAGAAGGGAAGUACCGUGUGUACCACAAUCAAUAUGCCACCAAUUCUUUUGCUUUGAACAAGCAUCAACACCGGGAAGAUCAUGACAAGAGGCGACACCUCUCUCACAAAUUUUGUCUGAGUCCUGCUGGAGAGUUCAAAUGGAAUGGCUCUGUCCACGGGUCAAAGGUUCUCACGAUAUCCACCCUGAGAUUAACAAUAAUUCAGCUAGAGAACAACAUCCCAUCCUCAUUCCUUCACCCCAACUGGGCUUCACACAGGUCUAAUUGGAUCAAGGCUGUGCAGAUGUGUAGUAAACCUAGAGAAUUUGCAUUGGCUUUAGCCAUAUUGGAAUGUGCAAUCAAGCCAGUUGUCAUGCUGCCAAUCUGGAGGGAGUCCUUGGGACACACCAGGUUGCGCAGAAUGACAGCUAUUGAAAGAGAAGAAAAGGAAAAAGUGAAAAAGAAGGAAAGAAAACAAGAGGAAGAAGAAACCAUGCAGCAAGCAACAUGGGUGAAAUACACAUUUCCUAUCAAACAUCAGGUUUGGAAACAAAAAGGAGAAGAAUAUAGAGUAACAGGGUAUGGUGGAUGGAUCUGGAUUAGUAAAACUCAUGUUCAUAGAUUUGUACCAAGAUUACCAGGAAAUACUAAUGUCAAUUACAGGAAAUUACUACCAGCAAAAAGUGAAACUACUACCAUCCCAGAAAAACAGCGUGAACUGGAUAAAAGGAAAACUCCAGCAAAAGUGAAGGUCGAGCAUGGUUCUUCGAAAGAAAAGAUAAAAUACUUCCGUGAGCCACACAAGAAGGACCAAAAAGAAACUGAAAAUUCCGAGACCACAAAGAGAGCUCAAACCAAGGAAGAAAAUGAACCGCAUGAAGAAAAAUCUGAAAUCAAACAUUUUGAAAAAUCAGUUCAUGCAAAUGAAGAGAAGAAAGAAAUUGGUGAAGGUGAUAAAGACAUCAAGGAAGAAUCUAUGGAGGUUGAUGAAGUGAAAGUGGAUACCUCCACAAAAUAUGAGGAAGCCCCAGUCAGUGUGGAUUUAAUCAACGUCAGCGAGAGUUUCCACUUAAGGACAUUUUACAAAAGGAAAGUAAAAUCAUCAAAACUAGAUGGACUGCUUGAAAGGAGAGUAAAACAGUUUACACUUGAGGAAAAGCAGCGACUAGAAAGAAUAAAGCUCAAAUCUGGUUCUAACUCUUCAGGUUGUAAAUUGUUGAGACAACAGGAGAGUGAGGAUGACCUACAGUUACCUAAAGCAGGAGAUGAGAAGCAAGUAGAUUUGACAUCCCAAAGCAGAAUUGAUACUUCAGACACAAAUCAAACGGAAGAUCCUGUUAAAGACCGCUUGUCACCUAGCAAUCGCCACUUUACCAAAACCAGUGAAUCAGUCCAAUCUUUGCCUUGCUUGAAUAGGCUUUUAGAGGGAGAAGCAGGUGCAACUUCAGUUCAGUGUCCAGAUGCUCAAAGUUUGAAAGCAAAAGAUAGUAAUGAAAGUGUUUCUGAAUCCAUGGAUACGGAUAACCCUCAAGUGCAGAGUAAGGAGAAAAGCACUGACUGUUUGAAAACAGAAGACUCUAAACCAGUAGAAAACAAAGAAACAACAACAUGUGGUAUCUUAGAGGACAACGCAAAAUGUUUGAAGCAAGCAAAUACUGAGUCUCAGUGCGGAAAUGUUAUUCGGCCAAUGGUAACUGAAAGCAGCUGUGAAGGAGACACUUCAUCUUCAACUGAGAUAGGAAAUGAAGCGUUAACAUCUGAAAAACAUGACUGUGAUUCUGCAGAAGCUCGUAGGUUAGAAAAUCAUCCCAGCAUGGUAUCUCUGCAAGCAAAAGAGAGUCUUGUGAAAAACAUUGCAGAUGCGUCUGAACCCAAAAUUGCAUUAAAUCCAAAGCAGACUCUCGGGGGCCUAAAAUCGCUGCAUACUGAGCUAAUUUCAGAAAAGGCAUUUGAAGCCCAAAUUCCUGACGUGAUUGGAGAAAAUAUUAUUGAUGAGGUGGUGAAGACUAAAAUCACUGAAACAAAUGGUGAAAAGCAAGACCAGGAGAAGUGUGUCCCACCGAGUUCCAUAAACAAGUGUUUUGAUCAGAUUAAGAGUAUUGCUGACAAAAAUAAUAAUAAAAACGGGGAAUUGAAUACACAAACGGAAAAGGGGAAGCCAGCAGCAUUUCAGAUUAAUGGAAAAGACACUGAUUUUAAAGUAUUACCUAAUGAAGAGUGCUUAAAGAGAGAGACACUUGCACAAACCGAGAGCGGCGUUGACUCGAAAAUCAAUUAUAUUAGCAAAAGCAACCCUCUGGUCAAAUCAUUUUCUUCUAACGAAUCUCUAAAACCAUUUAUGAAUGGUGAUAUUGCAGUGGAAGAUGCAAAUGAUAAUUUGAUCAGUAAGUUGGGUGUACAGAGUUCUGUGGGUGGUGAUUCUAGAGAGAAUGAUAUGUCUCAGUCUAAUCAAAGUACUGGAAGAAAGCAGUGUUCUCCUGAAAGGUCUAGUCUUGUUGAUGACACAUCCAUCACAUCUCUCCAUUCCUCCAGUGAAAACAAUAUAUAUAAUGAAGCCGAAUGCAUGGAGAUUGAACCACCUUGUGUUACGAAAACUGCUCCAUCACCUGUAAUUUCCUGUGAGGAAUCUAGCUUGAGUAAUGACUUUGCUGAUCAGAAUGGAUUACCGAUAAGCAACAAAAUCGAAAGCGUCAACGGAGAAAGUGUAGUAAAAGCCGUUGUUACGGAAGUGACCACCACGUCAACUGUUUCUACGGAAUCCAAAACUACUUAUAAAGUAUCAGGAUUGUCAGCCAUCAAGGAAGAUAGAGAAAGUGGGGUAUCAUCCAUGGAAAACUGUUCUGUAUCCACUGUAACCACCACCACCACCACAACGACCACUGUAAGAAAACUUACCGCUCCCACUACAGAUAGCAAUACUGAUGUCAUUUCCGUAAAGGAGCACAGCAAAACUGUGGUAACAGCAACAGUGACUGAUUCCUUGACUACUGCAGCGGGAACCUUGGUGACUUCUAUGACAGUCAGCAAGGAAUAUUCCACAAGGGACAAAGUGAAGCUCAUGAAAUUUUCAAGGCCGAAAAAAACUCGUUCUGGAACAGCCUUGCCAUCUUACCGGAAGUUUGUUACCAAAAGCAGUAAAAAGAGCAUAUUUGUUUUGCCCAAUGACGACUUGAAGAAGCUAGCAAGAAGAGGAGGGAUCAGAGAGGUUCCCUGUUUCAACUAUACUGCGAAGCCUGCUUUGGAUAUUUGGCCAUAUCCAUCCCCGAGACCAACGUUUGGUAUCACUUGGAGAUACCGACUGCAAACUGUAAAAUCUUUGGCAGGGGUUAGCCUUAUGUUGAGGUUACUCUGGGCAUGUCUGAAAUGGGAUGACAUGGCUGCUAAACCCCCACCUGGUGGAGGAACUACACGUACAGACACAUCGGAAACGGAAAUAACAACAACUGAAAUAAUCAAGCGAAGAGAUGUUGGACCAUAUGGAAUUCGAUCGGAGUACUGUGUACGGAAAAUUAUUUGUCCGAUUGGUGUUCCAGAGGCCCCCAAAGAAACUCCUACGCCUCAGAGGAAAGGGCUUCGGUCAAGUGCAUUGCGACCCAAAAGGCCAGAAACUCCAAAACAAACAGGCCCUGUUAUAAUUGAAACCUGGGUAGCGGAGGAGGAAUUAGAACUAUGGGAAAUAAAAGCAUUUUCUGAAAGAGUGGAGAAGGAAAAGGCACAAGCAGUUGAGCAACAGGCUAAGGUUAGUGAACAGAAGAAGGCUGAGGAAUUCAAGGCCCAAAUGGAGGCUCAACUAAAACAACAGCGAUUGGCUGCCCAGCAGAAGCGACUGGAGCAACAGAAGCAGUUGCCUGCCGUGUGUGGCGCCGCUACAGCUACAACUACCAGCGGUACGGCAACCACCGUCUCCACUCCUCAGAAAGUUAUGGUUGGCCCAUUGCCACGCUCUAUUCCCAGUGGAACCAAAGUGGUGCUUGCUACUAAAGUGGGAUCUCCAGCUACAGUAACAUUCCAGCAGAACAAGAACUUUCACCAGACUUUUGCUACCUGGGUUAAACAAGGCCAGUCUUCAUCAGCCACAAGCACAACUGCUACAUCGGCAACAACUAUUUCCAGCAGUGGUCAGACUUUCCAGAUUGCAAGCAGCCCAGUGACUAUGGCAGGCAAGGUGAUAACAAAGCUGCCUCUACCAGCAAAUAGCAAGAUAGUUGCUGUUAACGUCCCAGCCACUCAAGGAGGUGUAGUUCAAGUGCAGCAGAAAGUGUUGGGUAUCAUUCCAUCAACUACUGGAUCAAACCAACAAACAUUUACUUCAUUCCAGCCGAGGACAGCAACUGUAACUAUUAGGCCAAAUAACACAGGGACGGUGUGUACAACGAGUGCUUCACAAGUAAUGGCUGGGACACCUCUCCGGCCUGGGAUGACAGUCAUAAGGACACCACUUCAGCAAUCAGCAUUAGGAAAGACCAUCAUUCGAACACCUGUCGUGGUACAGCAAGGUAUUCUUCCAACUAGCCAGACCCAGCAAGUAGUGACCCAGAUAAUCAGAGGUCAGCCUGUUUCCACAGCAGUGUCUAGCGCUACCACCGUUUCUGCAAAUCCAAAGGUAGUGACAACUUCAGGAGCCCCUUUGCAGCACAUGCAGCCGCAAGCUGCAUCACCACACCCACCUCGUCCUCAACAGGGUCAGGUGAAACUUACAAUGGCGCAGCUCACGCAGCUCACACAAGGACAGGGUGGCAGUCAAGGUUUGACUGUGGUGAUUCAAGGGCAAGGUCAAACCACUGGGCAGUUGCAGUUGAUCCCGCAGGGUGUCACAGUAAUACCAGGACCAGGACAACAGCUAAUGCAAGCAGCUAUGCCAAAUGGUACAAUCCAGCGGUUUCUUUUCACCCCACUUCCACCAGCAGCAGCAGCAGCUACUGCAGCUAGUACUACUACAACUACAGUUUCCACCUCAACACCAGCUGCAGGAGAACAGAAGCAAGCUUCUCAAGCACAGACCCAAACACAGCCAGCGCCAGAGCUUCCUCCUCCUCCUCCUCCUCCUCCUCCUGAACCCCAGCCACCUCAGAGUCAGCUCCAAGGCCAGUCUCAGGGGCAACCCCAGAGUAUUCAGCCUCAGCCUCCAGCUCAGACGCAGCCUACUCAAUCUCCGCCUCGGGCUGAAGCCCAGGCAGCCGCCGAAGCUCAGCCUCCAGCUUCACUUCCAUGCCCAGUCAUCUCCGAAGCACAGCCUCCAGUAUCGCAACCAACCGUAACUCCAGCCACUGCUCAGACUCCACCCCAGAGCCUUCCACAAGGGCAGCCUUUAGCCCCAGUUCAAAGCCAGGCCCAGUCAGGGGUACACCCACAGACCCCGCCCAAAGUUCAGAUGAUUCAGCCAGCUCAGGUCCAGACUCCAGCGCCACAGCACCUCCCCAUGCAGCCGCAUCCUUCGAUCCAAAUCCAGACUUCGCAGCCCCAGGUUCCAACUUCGGUUCAAACUCUGCCACCCGCGUCAAACGUAAAUCAAGUUACCGUGCAAUCUCCACGUCCUCAGCUGCAAAUCCAGCCACCGCAGACUAAGGUGAUCACAGUCCCGCAGCUUCAGCAGCAAGUCCAGGUGUUCUCUCAGCUCCAGUCCCAUGUUGUGGCUCAGAUACAGGCCCAGCAAGGUGGUCUGCCUCAGCAAAUUAAACUUCAGUUGCCUAUUCAGAUUCAGCAAGCCGGCCCGGUGCAAGCUCAUCAGAUCCAGAACGUGGUAACUGUUCAAGCGGCCAGCGUUCAAGAGCAACUGCAAAGGGUUCAGCAGCUCAGAGAGCAGCAGCAGAAGAAAAAACAGCAGCAUAUUGAAAUUAAACGUGAGCACUCCCUCCAGGCUUCUAAUCAGAGCGACAUUAUCCAGAAACAGGUGGUAAUGAAGCACAACGCUGUGAUCGAGCAUCUAAAACAGAAAAAGACGUUGACCCCUGCUGAACGGGAAGAGAAUCAGCGAAUGAUAGUGUGCAACCAAGUAAUGAAGUAUAUUCUGGAUAAGAUAGAUAAAGAAGAAAAACAGGCUGCUAAGAAACGAAAGCGAGAAGAGAGUGUGGAACAAAAGCGCAGUAAACAGAAUGCAACUAAACUCUCGGCUCUGCUCUUCAAACAUAAGGAACAACUUAAAGCUGAAAUACUAAAGAAAAGGGCACUUCUGGACAAAGACUUACAAAUUGAAGUGCAGGAAGAGCUAAAGAAAGACUUGGCAAAAAUUAAGAGAGAGAAAGAAAAGGCGCAGGCAGCUGCCGCUGCUGCCGCUGCUGCAGCAGCAGCAGCAGUACCACCACCUCCUCCACCACCACCACCACCUCCUCCUCCUCCACCUCCACCACCACCUCCUCCUCCACCACCACCACACAGUACCAAUGUUGCAUCGACAACCACGGUCACGACACCCGUUUCAUCCCAUAAGAGAAAACGAGAGGAAGAGAAAGAGUCCUCGUCUUCUAAAUCGAAGAAAAAGAAAAUGAUAUCUACUACCUCAAAGGAAUCCAAGAAGGACACCAAGCUUUACUGCAUCUGCAAGACGCCUUAUGAUGAAUCUAAGUUCUAUAUUGGCUGUGAUCUUUGUACUAACUGGUAUCAUGGAGAAUGUGUUGGCAUCACAGAAAAGGAGGCUAAGAAAAUGGAUGUGUACAUCUGUAAUGAGUGUAAACGGGCACAAGAGGGCAGCAGUGAGGAAUUAUACUGUAUCUGCAGAACACCUUAUGAUGAGUCACAAUUUUACAUUGGCUGUGACCGGUGUCAGAACUGGUAUCAUGGGCGUUGCGUUGGUAUUUUGCAAAGUGAGGCAGACCUCAUUGAUGAGUAUGUCUGUCCGCAGUGUCAGUCAACUGAAGAUGCCAUGACAGUACUCAGUCCCUUGACUGAUAAAGAUUAUGAGGGGCUGAAGAGAGUGCUACGGUCAUUGCAGGCUCACAAGAUGGCAUGGCCAUUCCUAGAACCGGUAGAUCCCAAUGAUGCUCCAGAUUAUUAUGGUGUUAUCAAAGAACCGAUGGACCUUUCCACCAUGGAAGAAAGAAUACUGAAACGUUACUACAAGAAGGUGACCGAGUUUGUGGCUGACAUGACCAAAAUUUUUGAUAACUGUCGUUACUACAAUCCAAGUGAUUCCCCUUUUUAUCAGUGUGCAGAGGUUCUCGAAUCAUUCUUUGUACAGAAACUAAAAGGAUUCAAAGCAAGCAGAUUGUGAUAACUUUAGUCUGACCUUUCUAACUGGAAUCAGAACUGGAUGUUUGGCUUACUUUUUCAUUGUACCAUGUCAUUAAAUCACUUUUUUAAAACAAAAACAAAUCCAUACUUGCUGUUCGCUUUUAAACUGCGCUUUAAUGUGGAAGCUGCCAUUGGCUAGCAGCUAUGUCAGAAAAUAAAAUGAUCCGUUCUUUGAAUACUGUGUCAAAAUGAAGUCCAGUAAUAGCAGUGGAAGCUAUGUAAUAAUCAGUUUUAAUAAAAAAAAAAACUUCCAAAAGAGGUUUUGAUGAAUUCUAACCAAAAUGUGAUAUUUUAAAUUCAUGUUCUGCCAAUAAAUACACUUUUAUCUAAACAUCUCCCAAAGCAAUGUAAAUUGGCUACAUCUAAUUAAUAUGUACCUCACUCUGAGUAUCAUGUGACAUUUCUGGAUUAUUAUUUUUAUAUUUCCAUUGAACAUCAUGUGCUUUUAUACACAACUGAAAGUGGUUAUGUAGAUGGUGUAUAUGGUGUUUGCCUACGAAAGAUGAACGGGAACAGCAGCAUGGCUGCAUUUCCAGCUGAGUGACAGGCCCUUGGCAUCCACUUGAAACAACUGAGAUCUCUUUAAAUGAAGGGUGCUUAAUUGUUCCCCUUUUCUGCAUUCUGCAGGUCUCAUAACAACAAACUGCAGUCUACAACUUCUUAAGGUUCCACGUGUUACCCUAACACAAAGAGCAAGAAUCUGGUUGUCUGAAUUUUAUUUUUAUUUUUAUUUUUUAAUUGGAAAAGCCAGAGGUUUUUAAGUCAGGGCGUCCUGACAAGUCUUGAUGUAAACUGCAUUUUUAUCAGUCGCAUCAGAUUAUAUUCUUGGCUUGAUUUUGUCCAAAGGACAAAAGAAUGAAAUUCAGCAGCAUCGUUUUCUUGUCAAGAUCAAAUUGUGACAGAAACAGGAAAACGUUUUUAUUAAAGGACGAGAGAGGAAAACAAGCGAGAGAAAACAAGAUACAGUAAAAUGGGGUCAAGUCCUAACCCCAUAGAAAUGCCACAUCUGUUCUUCAGUGAAGAAGCUGGUUUAAAGUCCACACAGAGAAGUUUUGACUGUAUUUAUUUAUUGUUGCAAAAGGACGCUUUUUUAUUGCUGCCCUCAUUUGUCAGCUUUUUCUUUCUUUCUUAUACGCCCCAGCUCUGGUUAAAUGUAACCCUUUCUGUAUCUUACCAUGGUUCCUGUAGCUAAAAGUACAAGAUGACCUCUAAAUGUCUUUUCUUUCUAUGAAAGGAGCUGCUAUGUACACAUGUGCACAAACAAACUGGGAAUCAACAAUGAGUUUAUCGUUCAUGGUAGAAGAAAACAAUUAAGCUUGCAUAAAAGUUGGGCUAAGUGGUCAUGUACUACAGACUUUGUUGCCUUGAAUAUAACAGUACAAUUUGUCAUUUACUCUGCACCGGACUGAUACGAGUAAAAUCUAUUCGAAGGUAUCUUGUUUGUAAACAUUUGUCAGAUUUUAAUUUUUCCCCCCUUCUCCUUUUUGUAUUAAAAAUUCAAAAUAUGGAUGUAUAUGAAACAAAAUAAAUGGAGAUCAUUGUUCUCUCCACAGAUGUAGGUGUCUUUUGAAUGUUCGCUAACCUGUUCGUGAGGUUUCGGAGGUUUGUUCUGAACUGUAACAAUCCUGAGAUAGUAUGGAAGGGAAAAGUAGGAAGGUGGACUAACCCCUCAGCGUGGUUUUCCUUAUGUUUAAUCAAAUGUAAUAAAAUUCUACUGUGGUGCCACAACUUUUGCCUUGAUGAUGAAGGAGUUGUGUAAGAGUUGUCAUUGUCCAUUGCUAAGUGAGAUAACAUGGAGCAAAUGAUCAUGUCAGGAUAAAUAAUGGUCUCAAAACUGUGUUUCAUUUUUGUGGCUUCUUUACUAGGAAAGGUGUGUAAAAAGAUGAAAGCCAACAGAAAGAGGGGCUUUGCAGAUUUUUUUAAAAAUUGCUUUCCCAACCAAUCACACCUGCUGUUGAUGACAGUUUAAAUGUGUAUAUUAUAAACCAGCAGCAGUUGGUUUUGGUAGCUCUACACCUGUGUUAACUAGAUUUUGCACUAAUUCACAAUUUUGCCCUUCUGUGAUCUGGAAUUUAUCUGAUUAUGGAUAAGCUUUCCUUGGGUUUAACUUCACCCUGCUAUGCAAGAACCUUUUCUGUUACUUUCUUAGACAUUGCGAUCAACCACAAUUUUCUUACUAAGUACAGGCUCAGGUGUACAAAUACUUUGGGGUUAAUUUUCUCUACGAAAGCCUUCGCUUUUGUAUAUAGAUGCUGUCAUUUUAACCAAUGUGAAAUCAAAAGGAAGUUAAUUGUUCAUUGUGAAAAGAGCAUCCAUUUAUGCUUCUUAGAAGAUAGGAAAAAAAGAGUAUUUGUGUUUUAGGCUAUGUUGUCUUAGGACUUUUUACAAAAAAAUAUGCUACAUAUUGUAUGCAUUAUGUUUAUAAAAACAGGAGAAUUUUCAUCCUUAAUCCUACAGAUAUUGUCUCUUCACAAUAUUUCUGUAUUAUUCGUACAUAUGGCUGACACUGAAGAAAAAAACAUGUUGAGAAAUGAACUUUCUUACCCGUAGGCAAUAGAGCACUGUUUUUAACAAAUUGUGACAAACUGAAGAAUAACUUUUUUGUACAUAAUAGGGCAUUUCAUCUUAGACAAAUAAAGGAAUGUUGUUGGACAUCAGAUUUGGUGGAAUUCCUAAUGAAACAUCAGUUGUUUAAAAUAACAUAUGUAGCACUUGGCAUUGCCAUACUGUGCGGUAAUUCUUGGGGGAAUUUUUCAUAUAAAUAAUUAUGAAAUGAGGAAAAUGCUACUUUCAUACACUUUUUACCAAGCCUCAUCAUUUUUCCUACUGCUUUGUAAUAUAUGAAGACAAUUCUUAGCUGUAACUACUAUGGUAAUUUUUAGUUUUUUUGGGUUUUUUUGAAAAAAGUUUUAUUUAUGAGCCAGUGUAAUGUGUGUACAUUUUAAAUACCACUUCUGUAAAAGGAAUAAAGAAAAUUAUACUUUA